CGCCAUCAUUGAUUUCGACUUAAAGAGUCGACACCUAGGUUGCCCACCAUGAAGACCACUUGGAAGGAUAUUCAACCGGUGCCCACGUCUCAGGAAUUUUUGGAUAUCGUCUUGAGUCGAACCCAACGACGGCUACCCACACAGAUCCGUUCAGGAUUUCAAAUUAGCAGAAUCAGAAAUUUCUACACCCGAAAGGUCAAGUUCACGCAAGAAACAUUCACCGAGAAGCUUUCCCUUAUCUUGGAUGGCUUCCCCCGCCUGCAAGACAUCCAUCCCUUCCACAAAGACCUUCUCAACACUCUUUACGAUGCAGACCACUUCAGAAUAGCUCUCGGGCAGCUGUCCACCGCGAAACAUCUCAUCGAGAUCGUAUCGAGAGACUAUGUCCGACUUCUCAAAUAUGCUCAGUCCCUUUUCCAAUGCAAACAACUCAAGAGAGCAGCAUUGGGUCGAAUGGCCACCAUCUGCCGAAGGCUCAAAGAUCCCCUCCUCUACCUCGAUCAAGUCCGACAGCAUCUUGGUCGUCUCCCUUCCAUCGAUCCCAAUACGAGAACACUGCUCAUCUGUGGGUAUCCAAACGUGGGGAAAUCAAGCUUUCUGAAGAGCGUAACGAGGGCCGAUGUUGAUGUCCAGCCGUAUGCCUUUACCACCAAGAGCUUAUUCGUUGGUCACUUUGACUACAAAUACCUUCGCUUCCAGGCAAUUGAUACCCCUGGUAUCCUAGACCACCCUCUCGAGGAGAUGAACACCAUUGAAAUGCAGUCCAUCACCGCUAUCGCCCAUCUCCGAUCCGCUAUCCUUUAUUUCAUGGACCUCUCAGAGCAGUGUGGAUAUACAGUCCAAGCUCAGAUGCAGCUCUUCCAGAGCAUCAAGCCUCUCUUUGCAAACAAGCUCGUUUUCAUCGUCAUUAAUAAGAUUGAUGUUACUAGACCCGAAGAUCUCGACGAGGAGACCCAGGCCCAGCUCCAAGCGCUCUUGAAACCCGGAGAUGUCGAGAUGCUACAGCUCUCGUGCACUACCUCUGAAGGUGUCCAAGAAGUUAAGAAUGCUGCGUGUGAACGCUUAAUCGCGGAUCGCGUAGCGCAAAAGCUCAAGGCGGGAACGAAUACCAGCGGUGCCGUUGGUGGUAGAUUAGGAGACGUCCUUGCGCGGAUCCAUGUCGCCAGACCUAUGGACGGGGUUGUCCGAGAGACUUUCAUCCCUGAAGCCGUCAAGACGUUGAAGAAAUAUGACAAGAACGAUCCGGAACGGAGAAAGUUGGCCCGGGAUAUCGAGGAAGAAGAGGGCGGGCCAGGAGUCUACAACGUCGAUCUCAAAGACAAGUACAUCCUGGAGAACCCCGAAUGGAAGCACGACAAGAUUCCCGAAGUGUUCGACGGCAAGAACGUCUACGACUUCAUCGACCCCGACAUCGAGCAGAAGCUGGCCGCCUUGGAAGAGGAGGAGGAGAAGCUAGAGGCCGAGGGCUACUACGACUCCGACGAGGAGCUCGAAGACGCCGAGGACGCCGAGAUCCGCAUGAAGGCCGACCUGAUCCGCGAGAAGCGCCAGCUGAUCCGCAACGAGGCCAAGAUGAAGAAGUCGCUCAAGAACCGCGCCGUCAUCCCCCGCACCGCCAUGCGCAAGAACCUCACCGACAUGGAAGACCACCUGGACUCGCUCGGCCUCGACACCACCGCCAUCGCCGCCCGCGCCCGCUCCCAGUCGCGUGGCCGCAGCGUCCUACGCUCGCGCACCGGCACCGAGGAUGCCAUGGACAUCGACGACCCUGGCUACGAGGCCAAGAUGCGUGCCAAGAGCCGCGCGCGCAGCCAGAGCAACCGCCGCGACGACGGUGUGCAGAACGAGGUCGUGCGCAGCAAGGCCGAGAGGGCGCAGAAGAUCAGUCAGCGGAAGAUGAACCGCAUGGCGCGGCAGGGAGAGGCCGACAGGCACAUCAGUACCGCGAUGCCCAAGCAUCUAUUCUCCGGAAAGAGAGGCAUGGGCAAGACGAACAGUCGUUAGUGGGAGGGCGAACCGUAAUGUCAACGCGUUGUCAAUGUCACAGCUGUCUGCUUCAGCUUCCUUUGUUUCAGGCAUGGAGUUCUGGGAGGGAAAAGAUAGAUAUAU